AUGAAGUUGGGCACGAUUUGUUAUUUGGCGAUAGCCGUAGUAAUAAUUGCAUCUGUCGAUGGUGAAUCGGCUAGAUUACUUCACUAUUCCGAUACUUCGUCCAGUCAAGAAACAUCUUAUGAAAUUGAUAUUGAUCCAAAAUACGAUAACCAACAUUUAAUCGGUCGAGCAAUUGCUGAGCAAUUUUCAUCACAAUCGAAGGCUUCUCAUCGUCGUGGAUUCAAUCGGCGUCUUCGAAAUAUUGCUGGUUUCGAUAGAACGGCAAAAAAGAAAAUUAUCAAUGUAUUUACAAUUCCCGACUUUACAACCUCAGCACAAACUAGAUUUGUGGGAAGAAACACUAAGGAAAUCAAUUUGAAAUACUUCCUGGCCGUUAGUGUUCCUACUAUAUAUAAGCAAACUAAUUUUCGAUGUGGUUUUAGAACCACGGCUCUUAAGAUAAUUCUGAUCCUGACAUCAAGACGCGAUAGACAGGGCCGAAUUUCUACUACCAAUUUUUACAGGUCAGAAGAUAAUGGAGCUACCUUUGCACGAUCAUGGUUUUUUGAGAAGAUUUUAAUUCAGCGUUGGGAUUAUAAUUACGAAUCUCCUAAUCAGCUCGUUAUGAUAGAUGCUCGUAACAGUCGUCGCAUUUAUGUAUCCCGGGAUAUUGGCAAGACCUUUACAACGAGGACAUUAGAUUUCAGUCCAGCUGUAUUACGCUUUCGUACCGAUGCUAAUAUUGGUAAUUAUGUUACAGCCUAUGACAGUUACACUAAGAAAUUAUAUGUGUCCAGGGAUAUUAGCGUAAAGUGGAAUCUUAUUGAUGAUCGUGUCAGAAACUUUCAUUGGUCAACGGCAAAAUCUGGUAGUAAUAUUUAUAAAGUCUAUUACGAGUAUCUAAACGCCGACGGCUUUUCAACUAGAAUUCGCUAUUGUAACACUCUGACCAUGGAAAAAGGAGAUUUAGAUCCACAAAUGACAGAUGCAGCUCCUGGAAAUUUACUUGUUGUUGGUAAAUUUGUGAUGACUUUGGUUAACGAUGUAAAUACAUCUCGGCCUCUUUUAUACGUUUCUCAAAAUGACAAUCCAUUCAGGAUAGCUCAUUUUCCGUCUUCCCUGGCUAAAAGGAGAUUCCAUGUGAUCAUUUCUGGUUCUGACGAAAUUAUUAUUGCAAUUAAUCAUCAAUCGAAUCUGACCAAUCUUUACAUCUCGGACGAAAGUGGAACUUAUUUCACUUUAGCUAUUAAGAAUAUUUACGCUGCUUCCGAUUUAUUAUAUAGGCUGGGAUAUUCCUUUCUAGGCUUUGCAAGUAUUGCUAGUAUGCCUGGUACUUACAUAGUAUCACAAGUUAAAAGACCUGCACAAGGACUUUUAAGCCGACCAAGCCUAGUCUCGCUAAUUUCCUUUAAUAAAGGCGGCACUUGGCAUCCUAUCAUUCCACCAAAGAAAGAUCGUUUCGGAAAUCCUAUUAAUUGUAGAGCUCCCUGCUCAUUGCAUUUAGACGUUUUAACCGGCGAUUUUUUGCCAGAAGCUGCUCUCUACUCAUCUUCAACUGCACCAGGUCUUAUUAUGGGCAUAGGAAACUAUGGCAAGGAGUUAACUUCUGUUGAUAGAGCCAUAUAUAUAUCUUAUGAUGGCGGUGCUACAUGGGUGCAAUCAGCGCAUUACUAUCGUAUUUAUACUGCUCUUAAUCAUGGAUCGAUUAUCUUAGCCUCCGGACGAGGGCUUCAAAGAAAUACUGUUAAUGUUAGUUACAGUUGCAAUAGUGGCCAAACAUUUACUGAUAUUCAAGUAGCAAAUUUAACGUUAAAUACGUUGCAUCUCGGUCCUGCUCAACCAGAUACUAAUUCACUGUUAGCUGUGGUCUUAAGUCAUGAUAUGGUUUCCGGAUGGGUCUUUGCUACCUUAAACUUUCGCUCAGUCUUAUCUCGUGAGUGCAACAACAACGAUUAUAUUGAAUGGUAUCCUUAUGAUCUAUAUGAUAAGGAAAAGUGUUUAUUAGGAGCCAGAUACAGUUAUCGUAUACGCAAGUUUGAUUCAUGCUGUUACAAUAAAUAUAGUUAUUCAGGAAAUAACACUAUUACACCUUGUCUGUGCACUAAAGAAGAUUUUCAAUGUAAUUAUGGUUUUGAAAUCCAAAGCGAUGGUACAUGUACUGUCAUUGCCGCAGAGCGAAAAACUUGCUUAAAUGAUUCAACAUUUACUGAAGUAGCGUAUCGUAAGACACCAGGAAAUAAAUGUAAAGGUGGAAUUGAAACAGAAAUGUUACGAGGCAAAACUUAUUGGUGCAAAACAUUGCAAGUAAAAUCAGACGCAGGCUUAACUUAUAGCUUGGCUAUCGGUGUACCGGCUCUUAUACUGAUUGUGGCGAUUUUAAUUUAUAUCCAAAUUCGUCGCAAUCGUACCCGCAUUUACUACGAUAAUGAUUCAGGACUGAUAGCACCCUCUAAAUUAGAAGAAAGUACUCGUGAAAAGUAA